GUCUGUGAACCAGAGUGGGGAAGAAACUAGUGGUUUAUUUAGUAAUAAAAACAUUAUUCUUAUGUAUUCUCUUUAAACUUUUAGAGAAUUUUAAGUUUUUUAAAUUAGGAAUAGUUGUGAGGAAGACGAUAUACUUUAGAUUAAAAAAUGUCAGAAUCCAUAGAAAUAAGAACAAUUAUUGAAAACAGGAACAUAAAUGCAGUUACUGACACUCCUGUUACAGAUCCAGCAUCUGCAAGCAAGGAUUUGGAAGGAAGUAAUGCAUUUGUCUGCCAAAGAUCUAAGUUGGAUACUAAAACAAGUGCAUUAAAAAAAUCUAGUCGAUAUAGAAGCCGUUCCCUUUCUGCAUCAUCAACUGAUUCUUAUAGUUCAGCAUCUUGUACAGGCAGUAGUUCAGAUGACGAUGAUAUUUCUCCUAGAGAAAAAGUUCAGAAAAAUUCAGCUGGUAGUUCUGAUUUUUGUGUCCGAAACAUCAAUCAACAUGCGUUUGGAAGACGUGAAAUAGAAAUUGCUGAACAAGAAAUGCCUGGUAUAAUGGCUCUGAGGAAACGGGCAGCUGAAGAUAAACCUUUAAAAAAUGCAAAAAUUGUGGGAUGUACUCAUAUAAAUGCUCAAACUGCUGUUCUUAUUGAAACUUUAGCAGCUCUAGGAGCUAGUGUUAGGUGGGCAGCAUGCAACAUUUACUCAACACAGAAUGAAGUUGCUGCUGCGUUGGCAGAAGCUGAUUAUCCAAUUUUUGCUUGGCGUGGUGAGACAGAAGAAGACUUUUGGUGGUGUAUAGAUAAAUGUGUAAAUUCUGAAAAUUGGCAACCAAAUAUGAUAUUAGACGAUGGAGGUGAUGCCACUCACCUAAUGUUGAAAAAAUAUCCAGCUAUGUUUAAACUCAUAAAAGGAAUAGUAGAAGAAAGUGUAACUGGUGUCCACAGAUUAUAUCAACUAUCGAAAGGUGGAAAAUUAACCGUCCCUGCAAUGAAUGUCAACGACUCUGUGACCAAAACUAAAUAUGAUAAUUUAUAUAGUUGCCGAGAAUCAAUUAUAGAUAGUUUAAAACGAUCAACUGACGUCAUGUUUGGUGGAAAACAAGUAGUAGUUUGUGGAUAUGGCGAAGUAGGAAAAGGCUGUUGUCAAGCUUUAAAAGGUUUUGGUUGUGUGGUUUAUAUUACAGAAAUUGAUCCUAUUUGCGCUUUACAAGCAAGUAUGGAUGGGUUUCGUGUGGUAAAACUAAAUGAAGUUAUACGAAACGUUGAUAUUGUUAUAACAGCUACAGGAAACAAAAAUGUAGUAACUAGGGAACAUAUGGACAAGAUGAAAAAUGGUUGUAUUGUAUGUAAUAUGGGCCAUUCUAAUACUGAAAUUGAUAUCAAUAGUUUGAGAACCCCUGAUUUAACUUGGGAAAAAGUUAGAUCGCAAGUGGAUCACGUCAUAUGGCCAGAUGCUAAAAGAAUCAUACUCUUAGCUGAAGGACGACUAGUUAACUUAAGUUGUUCAAGUUUGCCUUCUUUUGUUGUUUCUAUAACAUCUGCAACACAAGCUUUGGCUUUGAUUGAACUUUUUAAUGCCCCUCAAGGAAGAUAUAAAUCUGACGUUUACCUACUACCUAAAAAAAUGGAUGAAUAUGUAGCCAGUUUACAUCUGCCUACUUUUGAUGCUCAUUUGACGGAACUAACGGACGAACAAGCUAAAUAUAUGGGGUUGAAUAAAGCAGGCCCGUUUAAACCUAAUUACUAUAGGUAUUAACUAGAUUUAUUAUUUUUCGUCAAGUGAAAUAGUGAAUCGAUUCAGUGUUAUUGCUGGUUAGUUUAUUACUUCUGAUGAAUCAGUCUGAAGUGUUUCCAUAAGAGAGCAGUAGUUUUUUCAAAUCUGUGUCCAACAUUGAAGAUUUGGAUAAAUUGAAAUACACAAAAUAAGUUAUAAGAUCAAAUCACCAAAACUUCCUAGAUUUCUAGUAUUUACCAUGAUGUUUUCCAUUAAUCACAAAUUGAAUCUUACAAAAAAUAUUGAAACAUGGCCGGUAUUAAUUGUUAAGUAAUCUGAAAUUAUAUAUAUAUAUAUAUAUAUAUAUAUAUAUAUAUAUAUAUAUAUAUAUAUAUAUAUAUAUAUAUAUAUAUAUAUAUAUACAUAUAUAUAUAUAUAUAUAUAUAUAUAUAUAUAUAUAUAAUUAAAUUUUUACGACGCCCCCUAAAGCUUCUUUUUGAUGGAAAUACACUGGUAAUUUCUUUUGAAUCAAAACAACACGUGCCUCUAAGUUAAUUUUUCGGUAUAAUCAUCUUUUUAGGGAACUUUUUAUUUGAAAAAUAUGAAAUUAUAGAACUCAAUAGAAAUAACAAUAAACAAAAAUCUAAAUUCAAAAAUUAUCCAGUUGAUUUAGUCUUCAGUGCAUGAAUCACAAUAAUUUUUUAUGAGCAAGUGUGUCUUACAAAAUGUUUUUUUACACAUUGAAC